GCCUUCCCCAGCCGGGCCACCCGCGAUGCCGAGAUCGUGUGCCUGAAGGCCAUGGUGGAUGCCCAGGCUGGCAUGGGAAGCGCUGAUGAGGGCAUGCGUCUGGCUUCGGAACAGCAGCGCCGCUUCAAGAGUCUGAAGGAGAAGAAGGGUGAGGGCUCUGCGUUCCUCAUGAUGGCAAAGCUGCAUCAGAUGCGGGGUGAUCUGGAGGAAGCGCUGAACUGCCUUGUGCAGUGCCCUGCGCUCUUCCUGGCUGUAGGUGACAGGAAAGGUGAGGGCGAAGCCUGGCUCGGAAUUGCCAAGAUUCAUCUUGGCAAAGGUGACACCCAGCAGGCCCAGCGUGCCGCAGAGGAGUGCGCUCUUGCCUACAGGAAGCUCGGUGAUAAGCGCGGGCGAGCUGAGGCAGCACAGUUGGUCUCCGACGUGCAUUUUGCGCUUGCCUCCAUGGGCAUGGGCAACCCGCAGGAGGCUCUCCGGGCCGCGCAGGAGGCUGUUCAGCUGUACCAGGACCUUGGCGAGAAGACCCAGACUGCCAUCAGCCUCCACAUCCUGGCGAAUGCCAACCUUAUGACCCGCAACUUCGAAGAUGCACUGAAGACUGCACAGGAUGCAGAAGGCCGUUUCCGCGCCCUCCGCGACACUGCCGGCGAGGCCGGGUCCAUGAUGCUCCAGUCGGGUGCCCACCUUGGUCUCACCGACUUCGAGGAGGCAAAACGAUGUGCCAAGGAAUCCAAAGAUCUCUUCAAGUCCGCUGGCGACUUCCAGGGCGAGGAUUCCGUCGAGGACUUCCUCGACCACAUGGAGGGCUACGAGAAAGGCCGGCAAAACCUCGACGACUUCCGUGGCUUCGCCAUGCGCCGCACUGACCCGACCAUGGCCAAAGGAGGGGCCAAGCGCGAACGUGCGCCCAGGAAGCCGCGACAGAUCUCAAACAUCUCGGACAUCGAGUUGAUCAAGUUGGACACCUCGAAGGAAGGGAAGGUGACCUUGGCAUUCUUCGAUGCAUUCGAGAGCCGAUCUGCAGGCGGAGAGGGUUUUAGGUCCAAGGCCUGGAUACAAAGUCCAGUGCCUCUUCGGUCCUUGCAAGGGCAAAGCCAACAGCCGCGUAAAGCGAGGUAG